AGUGAACGCUGGAGGCGGCCCUGGGUCAGAGCUAGGAUAGGCGGCGUGAGACUCCAGCACCUUCGUCGCCGCGACACACAAGAUGCUGGCGCUGGCGCUGGCGACGGGAGCCGUGGCGCUGCUGGCGCUGCUGCUGCUGCGAGGGCGCGGCGGCGUGUGGGCGAAGCUGCGCGUGCCCUGGGAGCCCGGCCUGCCGCUCGUCGGCAACUACGGCCGCCUAUUGCUGCAGACUGCCGCCAUCCAGAACAUCUACCGCGACAUCUAUCGCUUCCACGACAACGCCUUCGACGUCGACAGCAAGCUCGACCCGCUGCUGGCGCUCAACCCCUUCUUCCUACGCGGCGAGCAGUGGAAGCGCACGCGGGCGCAGCUCGUGCCCGCCUUCUCGUCGGGCCGCCUGCGCCAGCUGCUGCAGCCCAUCCGCGACGUCACGCGGGAGCUGAUCGCCUACGUGCGCGCCGAGAGCCCCGCCGCCCUGCCCGACGGGCUGGACGCGAAGGAGUUGGCGGCCAAGUUCACGACGGAGGUGGUGUCGUCGGUGGCGUUCGGCGUGCGCGCCAACAGCUUCCGCGACCCCGACGCAGAGAUCCGGCGCAUGGGGCGCCGCAUCCUGCAGGCGGACGCCUGGAACAACUUCCUCUUCACCAUCUCGCUCUUCUUCCCCACGCUGCGCGGCCUCCUCAGCGUCAGCUUCAUGCCCAAGGAGGUGGACCGCUUCUUCCGGAAGCUGGUGGGCGAGGCGGUGCGCCACCGCGAGGAGACCGGCGUGGAGCGCAACGACUUCCUGCAGCUGCUGCUGGGGCUCAAGCAGAAGGCGCAGGAGCAGGGCGACGAGUACGGCAACGAGGAGAUCACCGCGCACGCCAUCACCUUCUUCAGCGACGGCUUCGAGACGUCGUCGGUGGCGCUGUCGUUCCUGCUGCACGACUUGGCCGGCAGCGCGGCCGCGCAGCGCCGCCUGCGCGAGGAGCUGGGCCGCCUGCCCGCCGACGACCACGAGGCCGUGCUGCGCAUGCCCUUCCUCGACGCCUGCCUCAUGGCGACGCAGCUGCCGGCGGGCGUGGACGUGGUGCUGCCGGUGCUGGCGUGGCACAGCGACCCCGCGCUCUUCCCCGACCCGUACGCCUUCCGCCCCGAGCGCUUCCUGGAGGAGGGCGGCGCGGGCCCGCGCGGCGCCUUCGUGCCCUUCGGCGACGGCCCUCGCCAGUGCAUCGGCAUGCGGUUCGCUCAGAUGCAGGUGAAGAUGGGCGCGGCGGCGCUGGUGCGCGCCUUCGAGCUGCGCCGCACGCCGCGCUCGCCCGCCGACCCCGUGCAGCAGGACCCCACCAACUUCCUGGCGGCGGCGCUGGGCGGCCUCUGGCUGCACUUCGAGCCCGUGUGUUUCAAGCUGCAAGAAAAAACUGGAAAGCUGUCGGACUACAUAGAACUGGUUCUUUGAUUCGUUACAUUGAAGAGCUAUUGGUCAUUCAUCUUCAUACAGAACAUCGAAUCCAUUCUCCCAUAUGGCGACUUCUUUCUUAGAAAUGUCGAUUUCAAAAAUUAGUCUGAAACACCUCUUAGCUUCAUUUGACAUUUCUGUGGAGCUCGAUUUAGGAACACUGCGUGGAUGCUUACGUAUUUCUGGAUUAAUAUUACGUAGUUGUUUUCAGGUCUGAUCACGAAGAAAAGAAAAACAAGUAACACCAUCUGUUAAAGAGCAAUUUAAGCCAAAGUUUUGUACAUUUUACUGCGUUGCAAGUAAAACACAAACAUUUAAUGUUUUCUUAAUUAUUAGUGCAUAGUUUCUGAAACCGAAAAUAAUAAUGAAGACAUAUUUUCAUGUGUUUUAAUACUAAUUACCAAACUACGCAUUACGUGAAGAAGGGUAUUUUAGUUUGCGUGAGCCUUGUAUUUUCUUUUGCAUCCGCCCAGCGCUCAGAAUACUUUACUUUUUACGACCGACGAGUGACAGAAUUGCUCAAUGUCUAGGGAGUAACAUAGGCUGGGAUAAAAUUUUCUUAUUUCGAAACUAACAUUAAUUUUAGGAAAAUUUACAAUUUUUUCGAGGGUUUCCUUCAGUCGCGAUUUUCCUUUACUCGCAGUCCCUUGUCAGGUUGACUCAUCUCGGAACAACAUACACAAUUCCACUCUUAGAAAUCUUAGAACUAGAUUUAAACGCAUUUCGUUUAAUCUUUAAUAUUAUAACGAAAUUGGUUGACAAAUUCUACAUACUACUUCCAUAACCCAAAGGAAUAAAUAAUAAAUUUUAUCUAUUGAACAGUGGUUACAGUUAAAAUUUAUAUUUUAAAAGUAUAAAUUAUUUUCAUUAAAACUUUACAAUUUCCUUUGCGUAUUUACCACAAAUAACAAAAUAAACAUUAAGAUGUGUUAGAGUAACAUUAAUGUCUUGUGUACUGGUGCAAAAUUCAAGGAUGACAACAGAAACGAAACUAAUAGAAAUUAGGCAUUUCAUUACGGUUUCUUGUGCUCAGAAAUAAAGUACUACGUAACGAAAGCAAAGUCCGACGCGCCGAGAAGAAAUCACUGGUAACAAAUCUGCCUCUGGAAGUAAAGAUUACUGCGGCAGGGAAUUGAGAUUCGUUCCAGGAGUGAAACGUCAAAAAUAUUUAGUUUCACUCUCAGUGACAAGGUGUACAUGAAGAAUUUUUUUUCGCAAUUGUAGCAUGGAUGAGCACUGGGGUAAGAUUAGUGCAACAUCUUGUCACUCCUUUGAUGUAUUGAUAUGUAAGCUUUAUUUACAACAUCGCAAAUUGAAUACUUUUGUUUCUCUAACAAUUGUAUAAGUUAUUGUUAUGAUAAAUAUAUUGUUUACUAAUAAAUAUGUAAAAGCGUACAAUUUUAUAUUUACAUAAACUUAGUAUAAAAAUAUUAAUGUUUCUUUUUUUAUACAAAAGAAUUACCGUAAUAUUAUUUUGCUGACCAGACGACUACCGAUUACUCACCCAAAUGUUCGGGUAAAUUUUGGAAAUUUACAAAGAAAUAGAAAUCGACCCAUUGCAAAAGAAUUGUAAAGGGCUCUAUCUUUCCUAAUUCAUCAGAGAGCGUCCCUUCACUUCCUUCAUACCUGGCCGUUGAUCCCCUUUCUUGGAAAUGCUUAAGUACCUUGUAUUAUUUGACAGUAGCUCCGAUUUAGGAUUUGAGUAUCAGCAGGUACCUGAGAAUUUCAAUGAAGAUUUAUUCUUGAGAAUUUUUCGAAUGUUUUGAGAACAGAAUAUUAUCUUAUGAAACUCUUCUGUGAAUGUGUUCGCCAUGCACUUAUUACUCUGAAUAUCGAAAUAUAAAUUCUUAUGUUCAAGGUAAUUGAAUAGUAGGGUAAUGUGUUUACCUUUAUUUACAAGUUUGUUAUUUAAAUGUUUAAUUUUUUUAUUAUUUUUAUUAUCUGAAAGACCUUUCUAUCUACCAUUUAUUAUUUUAUGCUCGGACACAC